AAUUUUUUUACUAAUACUACCCACGUAUAAAUUAUACUUUUAAAAGAAUGGCAUCAAUCAGAUUACCACCACUUCCAACAAUUAGUGAUAUUAUAAAACUUUACCGUCUCUCUGCUAUUAAACAAUUGUCACAGAACUUUUUAAUGGAUGAAAGAUUAACAGAUAAAAUUAUAAAAUAUACGGGUAAAAUAUAUGAUUCUCAAGUUUUAGAAGUAGGUCCUGGGCCUGGUACCAUCACAAGAUCAAUUAUAAAAAAAUUUCCAAAACAACUUGUAGUUGUAGAAAAGGAUAAAAGAUUCAAACCUAAUUUAGAUAUGCUUAAAGAUGCAGUCACCACAAGUAAUGGCAAUAUGAAAAUCAUUUAUAAUGAUAUAAUGGAUGUUGAUACAAAAACUGUAUUCAAUGAUGCAAAGAAAAGAAAUUGGGAAGACGAAACUCCUAAUAUUUUUCUUGUUGGUAAUUUACCUUUCAAUGUUUCAACUGCACUUAUUAUAAAAUAUUUACAUGAAAUAUCAGAAAAAAGUGGAAUGUGGUCUAAUGGUAGAGUUCAAAUGACCUUAACAUUUCAAAAAGAAGUAGCAGAACGUUUAGUUGCUGAAGUAUCACAGAAUCAAAGAUGUAGAUUAUCAGUUAUAGCACAAGCAUUUACAGUUCCAAAAUUAAGAUUUAUUAUACCUGGUGGAGCGUUUGUACCAAAGCCCCAGGUUGAUGUUGGAGUGGUUUCAUUUAUUCCUUUAAAAAUACCACGUACAAAUCAUAAUUUUAAUUUUUUUGAAAAAAUUAAUCGUCAUUUAUUUAGUUUUCGCCAAAAACAUUGUAUUAAAUGUGCUGGAACACUGUUUCCUCCGGAUUGCCGAGAUCAUUUAUCAAAGGUAAUGUUUAAAUUAGCUGAUGUAGAUCCAAAAACUCCAGCAUUCAAUCUAACAGUAGAAGAUAUUAAUAGAUUAGCAAGUGCGUACAAGUAUCUUUGCAUAAAGCAUCAAAAGUUAAUAACCUAUGAUUAUCGAGCAUGUCGAAAAAUCCUAUCAAAAAAAUUAACAAAAUUAGUAAGUGUUACCAAUCACAUGGAAGAUGGUAAAAUGUUCUAAAAAUA